AUGAUGGACACAUCUUCCUUUAGCAUUAGUCAAAAGGGCUGUCUCGCUGCCAAUCUCGCCUUUUGGACGGCGUCUCUACUCAAUUUUGUGGCAGACGAAUUGGCGCAACAGUCCCAACUGCCAAUAGCGAAACGUCUACGACAAUCCAAACUCCAACCCGUCUUUCUCACACGCCACGAACUUCGCGAUGUCUUUUUACUGGCUGCCCUCAACAUGAUACUGGUGGCACCCUUCCUGUGUUGUCCGCUGUUUGAACUAUUGUGGAAUUGGUGUCAUCCAACUCGACUCGCCGAAACGGAUGACUGGCACUGGCAACGAGAACUGAUACGACUGCCCAUCGAUAUGUUCCUCAAUGAAGCAUCCUUUUAUAUAGCGCAUUGGAUCAUGCAUGCAUCACCCUAUAUUUACCAGCAUGUCCACAAGGUCCAUCAUCGAUUCCAGGCGCCGUGUGCCAUGGCGGCCGCCUAUGCGCAUCCCUUGGAAUUUAUCUUUGGAAAUGUCGCUGCCAUUGGGUUAGGGCCUAUAGUGACCAAUGCCCAUCCCCACACGGCCUACACCUAUUUCGCCCUGGCGAUACUCAGUACGUGCAAGGGACACUCCGGAUACGAUAUUCUCAAUGCCCGGACACACGAUGAUCAUCAUCGAUAUACCAAAUUCAAUUUUGGUGUGUUGCAUUUGGGAGAUUAUAUCAUGGGAACCACGUAUACGCCUCCUCAUCACGACAAGAGCAACAACAAGCAACCGUAG